CCUAUCGACAGCCCAGCCUGGAAUUCCUUAGUGCUGAUGGUGAAUAGCCACCGCUGCGGUGACGGGCGGAGGAGAAGCAGCCGCAGAAGGAGUCAGGGGUGGCUGAAGAGCGAUAGAUCGGAUUCGGUCUUUCAGAUUUGACAGUAUUACGUGUAUCGUCGGAUCAUUAUAAACCCCAGGGAGGAAGGGAAAGGAAAAAUAAGGAAAGAUGGCGGCCGCGGCCUCGCCGGGCUCCGGCUCGUCCACCUCCUCAGACUGGAUUGUACUGAGAGACGGCUGCCUGCGCUGCGACGAGGAGGGCCUGCGAAGCCUUUCCUACCACCCGGCCCUCAACGCUAUCUUGGCCGUUACCAGCCGCGGGAGCAUCAAAGUUAUUGACGGCACUUCGGGGGCCAUUCUCCAGGCUUCAGCGCUACACACUAAACCUGGUGGUCGUGUCAGGUGUCAGUACUUCCCCGCAGUGGACAAGGUGCUUUUUGUGGAUGACUAUGCAGUGGGAUGCAGGAAGGACCUGAAUGGCAUCUUGCUCCUAGACACAGCUCUCCAGCCUCCAGUGACCAAGCCGGAGGAUAUGGUUCAGCUUGAGCUGCCGGUCACAGAGGCCCAGCAGAUGUUGUCAGCCUGUCAGGAAAAGAUUGACGUGUCCAACACAGAGGGCUAUGAACUCUUUAUCACUCAGCUCAAAGAAGGCCUGAAGAAUACCUCACACGAGACGGCAGCCAAUCACAAAGUGGCCAAGUGGGCAACGGUGACCUUCCAUCUCCCCCACCAUGUGUUGAAGCUGGUAGCCAGCGCCAUCGUCAGUGAGCUGAAGAAAAUCAACCAGAACAUAGCUGCCUUGUCUGUGGCCUCAUCCAUCUUGGACAGGCUCUCCUAUCUCUUGUCAAGUGCCAGGCCUGAGCUUGGGGUUGGACCUGGACGCUCUGUAGAUAGAUCGUUGAUGUACAGCGAGGCCAACAGGAGGGAGACCUUUACAUCGUGGCCACAUGCUGGUUACAGGUGGGCUCAGCCUGACCCAAUGGCUCAAGCAGGUUUUUACCACCAGCCUGCCUCAACAGGGGACGACAGAGCCAUGUGUUUCACCUGCAGUGUGUGUCUGGUCUGUUGGGAACCUACAGAUGAGCCAUGGUCAGAACACGAGAGACAUUCUCCGAACUGUCCAUUUGUAAAGGGUGAGCACACACAGAACGUUCCACUGUCAGUGACACUAGCGACCAGCCCCGCCCACUUUCCCAACAGCCCCGACAGUUCAGACAAGAUCGCCUGCUAUGGCUUUGGGAGCUGCCCGCAGUUCCUCGCUGCUGCUACUAAGAGGGGCAAGAUGUGCAUCUGGGACGUCUCCAAAAUGAUGACGGUGCACUUGAAGUUUGACAUCAACCCAUACGACCCAGCCAUUCUGAGGCAGCUGAUCCUGUGUGGUGGUGAGCAAAGCCAGCAGACGCUGACCGAGUCUCGGAGACCAACUCUGGCCUGGUUGGAGGAGUCUUCUUCCUGCUCUGACCUGCCCAAGCUAGAGGGAGACAGUGAUGACCAGUUGGAGGAUUCAGAUAGUGAAGAGCAUUCCCGUUCAGAGUCAGUAACAGGCCAGCCAUCUCAGUGGGAGAGCAUGGAUGUGAGUCUAGGGGUGACGGCGCUGAGUGUUGUCCAGCAGCCAGAGAAGCUCCAGUGGGAGGUGGUUGCAAGUGUGCUAGAGGAUACGGUCAAGGACCUGGAGGAGCUCGGAGCCAACCCCUCACUUAACCAGACCAAGGCCCACAGCCAGGCCAAAGCAAAGGACAAGGUCACUGACCACCACAACAUUCCCUUCCCCUGCCUGUUAGCUGGAGGCCUGCUCAGCUAUCGCUCAGCAUCCAGCACCCCGAUGGCUGGACCCCCACCCACAGCUCCAUCCACAACACGCAGGACCACAGAUGGAUCUUUAAGAACUCAGGGCCCUGAGCCCUUCCACUCUGGGCCUGUACAGGACCAGGGUCCAAUGGACAUAGAGAACAACAAUCCUCAGACUGCAGCUGUGCAGCAAGGCUUCUCUAAUCUAACAGGUUCUCAAACUCCCAGCCCCUCUUCUCUGCAGGCUAUACACAGGACUAUACCUGUGCUGCUGCUGUACAGCAUCAGAGAGGUGGAUGACAAGUCCUCAGGGCAGGUGUUUGCCCAAAUGAACAACCUUAUGAGCAAGGGGCUUCACGAGGAGGGCUUCACUGUUCCACAGAUAAUAGAGAUGGAGUUUGACACGCACGAGCAGCUUCUUCUCCAGGAUCCCCCAAUCACCUAUAUUCAGCAGUUUGCUGAUGCAGCAAAUAAUCUGGCAGGGUUAGACGGUCAUGCGGACAAAUGGAGCACACUGGCUGCGUCCAGCGUCUCCAGCCCACCCCGACCUGGAGCACUGGUGCAGUGCUUGAGACUGCCCAAACAGCUGGAGGACGAGAAUCUUUAUGUGGACUCUAUCACUCCCUGUUGGGACAGUGUGCACCUUCUGGUCAUCUUGCAGCCGUGCGGUGCUGAAUCUCUUAGUGCCACCAACCAGGUGGAGGCGCUCAACAAUCUCAAUCGCCUGCACUCAGCACUCUGCAGUCAGCGCAAAGGUGAACUCUUACACCCAGUGGCCAAUGGGUUAGAAGGCCACCACCCAGGGGAGUCUCUGCCUCAGACACCCCUUAUUCUUCCACCAGGAGACCAGCAGCAGCAGAGGUCCUCCAGUGGAGGGAGUGGAGGGGGCUAUCUUGCACUCUACAAGCUCAACUACUCCACCCGUAUCGUCACCUUGGAUGAGGACCCUGUAAAGGUGCAGCAGAUCUGGGACCCCUGUGAUGCAAUCACCUCUCAUAUACUGCUUCCUCCAGAUGUGCUGGACAGCAGGGAAGAUGAGAGUGAAGAAGCCUCCGAUGAAGCUCUCCCCUCAGCUCCCAAAAAUGGCUUGUCUGGGUUUGGAACGGGCUCUGCAGGUUCUGCUGGCUCUGGAACUGGGACUGCAUGUGGAGCAGCCACAACCAGCAGCAGUGCUACCGUCACCAAUCCUGCCACCUCUGCCUCCAGCCACAAAGACUGCAGUCGGUUAGAGGUGGCAGGUCUUGGACACCUGGUGGUGACCACACGAGCUGGCUACAUUAUGAUACUGGACCUGUCCACGUUGGAGGUUCUGGCCAAGGUGGAGCCACCUAAGAAAGAGGGGUCAGCAGAGGAAACGGACCCCUUUGUUUCAGUUACCUAUUGCUCUGGGACCGAUCGCCUUUGUGCCUGCACCAAAGGUGGAGAACUUCAUUUCCUUCAAAUUGGAGGUGUGUGUGACGAUGGAGACGAUGGAGACAUGUUUAUUGAUGGCCCCCUUUCUAAAGGGGCUGAACUGCUGCUUGAGGGAGCCAAGCCUUCCUCCAACCCUUCUAGCCCAGGGAUCACAGGAGUGGACCUCCUGGUGGACCAACCACUGACUACAGAGAGCCUGAUGUCGCUGGUCGAGCUGACGCGCUUCGAAACCCUGACCCCCCGUUUCUCAGCCACAGUACCGCCAUGUUGGGUGGAGGUGCAACAGGAGCAGCAGCAGCGGCGCCACCCGCAGCACCUUCACCAGCAACACCAUGGCGAUGCAGCCCAGCACACACGCACCUGGAAGCUUCAGAGUGAUAGCUCCAGCUGGGACGAGCAUUUGUUUGAGCUUGUGCUACCGAAAGCCUGUAUGGUGGGCCAUGUGGAUUUCAAGUUUGUGCUGAAUAACAACAUCGUGAACAUUCCUCAAAUCCAGGUCACUUUACUCAAGAACAAAGCUCCUGGGCUGGGCAAAGUCAAUGAGACGUCAGUGGACAGACAGAUCUCUUUCCCCCUCUCUAAUGUGCUCCAUGCAAAUGGGGAAAAGAAUGGCCAGCCUGCACUGCAUGACUUUGCAGAGGACAUUCAGUUUAUGGACAUAGAGGAGACAUCAGGCUCCAUGUUGUGUCCAUUUCUAGAGGAUCACAAGGAGGACAUCCUAUGUGGUCCGGUGUGGCUGGCCAGUGGCCUGGACCUCUCUGGUCAUGCAGGCAUGCUGAGCCUCACCAGCCCCAAACUGGUCAAAGGCAUGGCAGGAGGGAAGUACCGCUCAUUCCUGGUUCACAUUAAAGCAGUGAGUGAUAAGAGCAUGGAGGAGAAUCCCAGGCCUUUGGUUCGAAUGCCCAGUGCCAAGCCUCAGGGCACCAAAGGCCACUCGCUGUCCACCCUGCUGCAACGGGCACAGGCCUCCAAGGAGAAGGUUUCUACAGUGAAAACCGAGACACCGACUCCUUCAAAGAAAGUGGAGAACAUGCGCGGCUGUGACCUGCUGCAAGAAGUUUCAGUCACAAUCAGAAGGUUCAAAAAGACGUCGAUACCCAAAGAAAGGGUCCAACGCUGUGCCACGCUGCAGUUCCCAGACUUUCAUGAGAAGCUGCUGGACGGGCUGUGUCGGCAUUUAGAAGGCAGCCUGGCCUCCGAACAUGCCCAGAGCCUUAUCUUGGACAUCCUCUGCUGGCUUGCUGGGGUUUUCUCCAACGGACCCUGCAGCUUAAGGGAAGGAAAGGAGGGGCUGCUGGCAAAAACCCGGACACGGCUAACGGAUAUUGUGCGGGUGUGUUUCUUCGAGGCCGGUCGGAGCAUAGCACACAAGUGUGCUCGCUUUCUUGCACUUUGUAUUAGCAAUGGAAAAGGAGACCCAAAUCAACAGGGCUUCAGCGUGAGUCUGCUCAAGUCUCUGCUCGACAAUAUGCCUUACUUGCCUGCAGCAGCAACAGGUGGCUCUGUGUUCUGGUACUUUGUGCUGUUGAACUAUGUGAAGGAGGAGGACUUGGCGGGCUGCAGCACUGCCUGCGCCUCUCUGCUCACUGCCAUCUCUCGGCAGUUGCAGGACCGCCUCACUCCACUGGAGGCACUGCUGCAGACCAGGUAUGGACUGUACAGCUCUCCAUUUGACCCAGUGCUCUUUGACCUGGAGGUCAGUGGUUCCUCUUGUAAGAAUGCUUUCAACAGCAGCAUCGGGGUCCAGUCGGAUGAGAUUGACCUUUCUGACAUCUUGUCAGGAAACGGGAAAGUGAGCAGCUGUGCGGCAGCAGAGGGCAGCUUCACAGCGUUAACCGGACUCCUGGAGGUGGAACCUUUGCACUUUACUUGUAUCUCCACCAGUGACGGCACGCGUGUGGAACGGGAUGAUGCAAGCAUGUUUACUGUGAGUACAUUCGGCGUGACCCCAACGGUUGGUGGCCUGUCGACAGGACCGGUCGGUGAGGCAUCGACAGCUUUGAGUUCAGCGGCCCAGGUGGCGCUCCAGUCUCUAUCCCAUGCCAUGGUGUCAGCGGAGCAGCAGCUGCAGGUCCUGCAGGAGAAACAGCAGCAGCUGUUAAAGCUGCAGCAGCAGAAGGCCAAGCUAGAGGCUAAGCUGCAUCAGACGACCUCUGCAGCCGCUGCCGCCUCGGGAGUGGGACCCAUCCACAACUCUGUGCCUUCCAACGCCUCCUCCACUCCCGGUUUCUUCAUUCACCCGUCAGACGUCAUUCCCCCAACACCUAAGACCACGCCCCUCUUCAUGACCCCUCCUCUCACACCACCAAACGAGGCCGUGUCGGCAGCCUUCAGCGCCGAGUUGGCUCACCUGUUUCCUGGCUCCAUGAUGGAUACUGGGCCUGUCAACCUGGCUGCACACAAGAACUCACAGAAAGCCAAGCCGAGCCCCAUUGGCAGUGGUCUGGCUCUGGCCAUCUCCCAGGCGUCUCACUUCUUGCAGCCUCCUCCACACCAGUCCAUCAUCAUAGAGCGGAUGCAUUCUGGAGCUCGCCGCUUUGUCACGCUGGACUUUGGUCGCCCUGUCCUGCUGACAGAUGUCCUGAUCCCAACCUGUGGUGACCUGGCCUCUCUGUCCAUUGACAUCUGGACACUGGGUGAGGAGGUGGACGGCCGCAGGCUGGUGGUUGCCACCGACAUCAGCACCCACUCUCUUAUCCUUCACGACUUGCUGCCUCCUCCCGUCUGCAGAUUUAUGAAGAUCACUGUGAUUGGUCGCUAUGGCAGCACCAACGCUCGGGCAAAGAUCCCUCUGGGCUUCUACUAUGGUCACACUUACAUCCUGCCAUGGGAGAGCGAGCUUAAAUUGAUGCACGACCCCCUGCGGGGAGAGAGUGAGGCGGCCAGUCAGCCAGAUGUAGAUCAGCACUUGACUAUGAUGGUGGCGCUGCAGGAGGACAUCCAGUGCAGGUACAAUCUGGCCUGCCAUCGACUGGAGACUCUCCUGCAGAACAUCGACCUGCCUCCUCUCAACAGCGCCAACAACGCCCAGUAUUUCUUACGAAAACCUGACAAGGUGGUGGAGGAGGACCAGCGUGUUUUCUCAGCCUACCAGGACUGCAUCCAACUACAGCUGCAACUCAACCUAGCUCACCAUGCUGUCCAACGUCUACGUGUGUCUCUGGGCGCCAGCCGCAAGUCUCUCCCCACAGCCGGAGCUGUAGAGGCCCAGGAACUGGUUCACAACUCGUCCACAGAGCAGCUGAGGACAAUCAUCCGAUACCUGCUGGACACACUGCUCAGCCUGUUGCACUCUAACAAUGGCCACUCUGUGCCCUCCGUGCUGCAGAGUACCUUCCAUGCUCAGGCCUGUGAGGAGCUCUUCAAGCACCUUUGCAUCAGCGGGACGCCUAAAAUCCGUCUUCACGCUGGCCUGCUCCUGGUGCAGCUUUGUGGAGGCGAGCGCUGGUGGGGCCAGUUCCUCUCAAAUGUCCUGCAGGAGCUGUACAACUCUGAGCAACUGCUUAUCUUCCCUCAGGACAGGGUGUUCAUGCUCUUGUCCUGCAUCGGCCAAAGAUCUCUGAGUAACAGUGGUGUGUUGGAGGGUCUCCUCAACCUCCUGGACAACCUGCUCUGUCCUCUGCAGCAGCCACAAGCGGCAAUGAUGCGGAGGACUGAAGGUGUUUUGGAUAUUCCAAUGAUCAGCUGGGUGGUUAUGCUGGUGUCGAGAUUAUUGGACUAUGUAGCCAGUAUAGAAGAUGAAGCCUCAGGAAAGAAGCACCUUGGUGGGAAGGAGCGGGAGAGAAGUUUAACAGGUAUUCAGUGGAGCUUCAUCAAUAAUAGCCUACAGUCUCAGAACCCCAGCAGGUCGGCUAAAAGCAGCAGCAGUCUGGACCGACUCUACUCACGCAAGAUCCGCAAGCAGCUCGUCCACCACAAACAGCAGUUAAAUCUAUUGAAAGCAAAACAGAAAGCUUUGGUGGAGCAGAUCGAGAAGGAGAAGAUCCAGAGCAACAAAGGCUCCUCCUACAAACUGCUGGUUGAGCAGGCCAAGCUCAAACAAGCAACAUCUAAGCACUUUAAAGACCUGAUCCGCCUGCGGCGGACGCCUGAAUGGCCCCGCUCCACGCUGGACACCGAGUCUCCAACAGCCAAAGAAGCUCCUGAAGUAGAACCUCUGCCCUUCACUCUCUCCCAUGAGCGCUGCAUCUCUGUGGUGCAGAAGCUGGCCCUCUUCCUCCUCUCCAUGGACUUCACCUGCCACGCUGAUCUGCUGCUCUUUGUCUGCAAGGUUCUUGCUCGGAUAGCCAAUGCCACAAGACCCACAAUCCACUUGUGUGAGGUGGUGUCCGAGCAGCAGCUGGAGCGACUGCUGCUCCUCCUCGUGGGGACAGAUUUUAACCGAGGGGACAUCUCUUGGGGCGGAGCAUGGGCACAGUAUUCCCUCACGUGCAUGUUACAGGACAUCCUGGCAGGAGAAAUGCUGUCCCCAGGCUCUCUGGACGUCAUGGAUGAGGUGGUGGUGGGUGACGAGGCUGGAGCGUCGUCCUCCUCGGCAGGGGCGGAGUCCGAUGACUCCCAGCCUCAGGCCACACCCAUCCCCCUGGUAGAGAGCAUUGACGAGGCCCUGGUGCCUGAUAUCAUCGCAGGUACUACUGGGACUUCCUCAGUAUUUCAAAGUGCUCCACCUCUGUCAUCUUUGGAAAAAGAUAAAGACAUAGACUUUGACUUGCUACAAGACCUGAUGGAUGUUGAUAUUGAUCCUUUAGAUAUUGAUUUGGAAAAAGAUCCACUCGCUGCCAAAGUGUUUAAGCCUAUAAGUAGCACCUGGUAUGAUUACUGGGGUGCUGAUUAUGGCACGUACGGGUACAACCCGUAUAUUGGUGGGGUUGGUAUCCCUGUGGCCAAACCCCCAGUUGCUGCUGAGAAGCCUGGGUCCCAGAGUCUGUCGGUGUCCGUGUCACAGGCUCUGGAUGCCCGACUUGAAGUGGGCCUUGAGCAGCAGGCAGAACUGAUGCUCAAAAUGAUGGCAACUCUACAGGCUGACUCCAUCCUACAAGCCCUGACCUCAAGCUCCACCACAGUGAGCCAGGCCUCCAGUGGCACUGAUGACUCCCUGCUGAGGGCCCUCCAUGGAGGAGGCUCUCCUCCAGGCAGCAGCCUCAUGAUCCAGCCCUCGUCCAUCCCCAUGCUGAGUGCCUGCUUUAACAAGCUCUUCUCCAUGCUGCAGGUCCAUCACGUACAGCUGGAGUCUCUGCUGCAGCUGUGGUUAACGCUCAGUCUGAACACGUGUUCUGGCAGCAGCGAAGAGAGCGGCUCCGACAUCUUUCUGUUCAACGCCAGCCGAGUGCCCACUAUCCCGCUCAACCAAGCAUCCAUCAGCAGUUUCCUGACAGUGCUGGCGUGGUAUCCCAACACCUCCCUGAGAACUUGGUGCCUGGUGCUGCACUCUCUCACUCUGAUGACCAACAUGCCAGCCUGUGCCUCCAGUAACGGGAUGAGCUCUCAGGAAAGCACAGCUCAGCAGAUGGUCUCUGAUCCCACCCUGGUUCACGUCCUGGUCCGCUUCCUCUCCGGUAGCAGUACCAACGGCACGAGCCAGCACACUUCUCAGGUGGGACCCACUGCCACCCAGGCCAUGCACGAGUUCCUGAGCCGCCUGCAGGUCCACCUGUCCUCCACCUGUCCACAAAUGUUCAGCGAGUUCUUGCUCAAACUUAUGCACAUCCUGUCCACUGAGAGGGGUCCGUUCCAGUCAGGCCAGGGUCCUCUGGAUGCCCAGGUGAAGCUGCUGGAGUUUACUCUGGAGCAAAACUUCGAGGUGGUGUCAGUGGCCACCAUCUCCUCUGUCAUCGAGUCCAUCACCUUCUUGGUUCAUCACUACAUCACCUGCUCUGAUAAGGUGGUGUCCCGCAGCGGCUCCGACAGCUCCGUUGGCGCCCGCGCUUGUUUCGGUGGCCUGUUCGCCCACGUCAUUCGUCCCGGCGAUGCCAAGGCUGUCUGUGGUGAGACAACACGAGACCAACUGAUGUUCGACCUCCUCAAGCUGGUCAACGUGCUGGUGCAGCUGCCUCUGUCCGGAGACAGAGAGUUCAGCGGGCGGCUGCCGCCGGCCUGUAGUAGUGCAGCUGACAGCAGCGUGUCUGACGAGGAGAAGGUGUGCGGUAGCAAAGAAAGUGCGAGCGGUGGGUCCUCGUCCAGUCAGGGUCCUCCUGCCGGUGUGGCUGACCUGGUGCUAGCCAAUCAGCAGAUAAUGAGCCAAAUCCUAUCUGCACUGGGCCAGUGCAACAGCAGUGCCAUGGCCAUGAUCAUAGGAGCCAGCGGUCUCCACCUGACCAAACAUGAGAACUUUCAUGGGGGCCUGGAUGCCAUCUCAGUAGGUGACGGCCUCUUCACCAUCCUCACCACCCUCAGCAAGAGGGCCACCUCCGUCCAGGUCAUGUUACAGCCCAUCCUCACGUACAUGGCCUGUGGAUACAUGGGUCGACAGGGGUCUCUUUCCACAUGUCAGCUGUCGGAGCCUCUUUUGUGGUUCAUCCUCCGAGUGUUGGACACCAGUGAGGCUCUCAAGGCCUUCCACGACAUGGGGGGUGUGCAGUUGAUCUGCAACAACAUGGUGACCAGCACCCGGGCUAUUGUGAACACAGCACGCAGCAUGGUGUCCACGAUCAUGAAGUUCUUGGAUUCAGGCCCUGGGAAAGCAGCAGAUGGCAACCUCAAAGCCAGAGUGAUGACCUCCGAGCCAGACAAUGCUGAGGGACUCCACAACUUUGCUCCUCUAGGCACCAUCACAUCCAGUAGCCCCACUGCACAGCCAGCAGAGGUCCUCCUCCAGGCCACUCCCCCCCACCGUCGCGCCCGCUCAGCAGCCUGGUCCUACAUCUUCCUGCCAGAGGAAGCCUGGUGUGACCUCACCAUUCACCUUCCGGCUGCUGUGCUGCUGAAGGAGCUCCACAUUCAGCCACACCUUGCCUCUCUAGCCACCUGCCCGUCGUCUGUCUCUGUGGAAAUCAGUGCUGACGGGGUCAACAUGCUGCCACUCUCCACACCAGUCAUCACCAGUGGCCUGACAUACAUAAAGAUCCAGCUGGUGAAGGCAGAGGUCGCCUCGGCAGUUUGCCUGAGGUUGCACCGGCCUCGGGAUGCCAGCACAUUGGGUCUGUCUCAGAUUAAACUCUUGGGACUCACAGCAUUUGGUAACACCUCCUCUGCAACGGUCAACAACCCCUUCCUGCCCUCUGAAGACCAGGUCUCUAAAACCAGCAUCGGAUGGCUGCGUCUUCUGCACCAUUGCCUGACGCAUGUCAGUGACCUGGAGGCCAUGAUGGCCAGUGCUGCAGCGCCCACCGCCAACCUGCUGCAGACCUGCGCGGCCCUGCUCAUGUCGCCUUACUGUGGCAUGCACUCGCCCAAUAUUGAAGCCGUGCUGGUGAAGAUCGGCCUGCAGUCGACUCGCAUUGGACUAAAACUCAUCGACAUUCUGCUGAGGAACUGUGCUGCCUCUGGCACGGACCCUGCCAAUUUGAACAGUCCUCUGCUGUUUGGGCGACUGAAUGGUCUCUCUUCAGACUCCACCAUUGACAUUCUGUACCAGCUGGGCACCACACAGGACUCAGGAACCAAAGACAGGAUCCAGGCUCUCCUCCAGUGGGUCCAUGACUCUUCACGGGUGGCAGCACACAAGAUGAGUGGCCCCACAGGUUACACUGGAAUACAUGGCGCCAGUUCUUCCUCUGCUUCUCUGAGGGAGUAUGGCCUCCUCAUGCCUUCACCCUCACACCUCCACUGUGUGGCAGCCAUUCUGUGGCACAGCUAUGAGCUGCCUGUGGACUAUGACCUGCCUGCACUGCUCAACCGAGAGCUCUUUGAGCUGCUGUAUAACUGGUCCAUGUCAUUGCCGUGUAACAUAGUGUUGAAAAAGGCUGUGGACAGCCUGCUGUGCUCCAUGUGUCACAUCCACCCCAGCUACUUCUCCCUGCUCAUGUCCUGGAUGGGGGUCGUCUCGGUGUCUAAUGCCAGCCACUCUCAGGCCCAGCACUGCCGCCUCUCCAUGACCGACGACGGCAAAAAGCAGCACGACGCCAACACCAGUGCCUCAGGACUUACAGACGACUCCAAGCAGACGAGAUGCCCCACCAAUCUGUCCGAGUCACAGCUGACGACACUGGCUGCCGCCUCUCAGUCUCCCGGAGCUAUAGAGCAACUGCUGGAUUCAGGCCUACCAUCGCUUCUAGUUCGCAGCUUGGCCCAGUUCUGUGUUGGCCUCCUGGCCAGCGCUGACCUCCCUCUGCCUGCUGCUCAGGCUGAGCGUAGACACCACCACUACCACUCACCCUCCUCCUCUUCUUCACAAAGUCGGCCGCCUCUGGCUCCAGAGCUGGCCGCACCGGUGCUGCGCUUCCUCAUAGAAGUAGGCAACAGUCACGCUAUGAAAGACUGGUUAGGUGGGCCCGAGGUCAACCCUCUGUGGACGGCGCUGCUUUUCCUUCUGUGCCACUCUAGUGCUAGUGCUGGCACCAGCGCAGGCUGUCAGCCUCUGAGCUCUGGAUCUGCUGCGGCUGCCUCUUCAUCCCAGCCACAACAUUCCGGGUCACGCUUCUCUCUGGCAUCUUCUGGACAAGCUGGAGGUCUGACCACCCAGCAGAGGACGGCUCUGGAGAACGCCACAGUGGCCUUCUUCCUCCAGUGUAUCUCCUGCCACCCGAACAACCAGCGGCUCAUGGCACAGGUUCUCUGUGAGCUCUUCCAGUCUGCACCCCAGCGAGGCAACGUGCCGAUCUCUGGAAACAUCUCAGGCUUCAUUCGACGACUUUUCCUGCAGCUCAUGCUUGAGGAUGAGAAAGUCACUGUCUUCCUCCAGUCUCCCUGUCCGUUAUACAAAGGACGCAUCAAUGCCACAAGCCACAUGAUCCAACAUCCCAUGUAUGGAGCAGGCCACAAGUACCGCACCCUCCACCUGCCCAUCUCCACCACACUGGCUGAAGUUCUGGACCGGGUGUCCGACACACCCAGCAUUACAGCCAAGCUGAUCAAUGAGCAGAAGGAGGACAAGGAGAAGAAGAACCACGAGGAGAGGGAGAAGAUGAAAGCAGACAGUGGCUUCCAGGACAACUACAGUGUUGUUGUGGCCUCAGGCUUGAAGUCUCAAUCCAAACGGGCUCUUUCUACCCCUCCCCGACCUCCUUCAAGGAGGGGUCGUGUCAUGAGUGACAAGCUGACUGCUUCAUCCGGUGUGGACCCAUCAGCCAAAACCAUCAGUGUGCCUGUCUUCCACCUCUACCACAAGCUGCUUCCAGGUCAACCCCUUCCACCUGAGAUGACCCUGGCUCAGCUGCUCACGCUCCUGUACGACCGCAAGCAGCCACAAGGCUACCAGUCCAUCAACCUGACGGUCAAACUGGGCUCUAAGGUCAUCUCUGACCCUGGCCUUUCCAAGACUGACUCCUUCAAGAGGCUGCGCACUGAGAAAGUGGAUCACUGUGACACCCUGAACAGCUGUCCUGAGGAUGAACCAAUGAUGGCCAGUGAGGAAUGUCUGGACGCUGCCACCGAUGAGUCCCUGUUGGAGACCAACCCUAUCCAGUCACCACUGCAGGUCUUUGCAGGCAUGGGCGGCCUGGCCCUCAUUGCAGAGAGGCUGCCGAUGCUCUACCCUGAUGUCAUACAGCAGGUCAGUGCUCCAGUGGUGCCUUCAGCCACACAGGAGAAGCCCAAAGACAGUGACCAGUUUGAGUGGGUAACCAUCGAGCAGUCGGGUGAACUGGUGUAUGAGGCUCCAGAAUCGAUCGCCACCGAGCCGCCGCCCAUCAAUAAGCAGCAGUCCCAGUCGUCCUCGUCGUCCUCGUCCUCAGUGCAGACCAUGUCACCCAUUCCUGCCCACUCUCUGGCGGCUUUUGGUCUGUUCCUGCGCCUGCCCGGUUAUGCAGAGGUCCUGCUGAAGGAGAGGAAGCACGCGCAGUGUCUGCUGCGCCUGGUGUUGGGAGUCACAGACGAUGGAGAGGGCAGUCACAUACUGCAGUCUCCAUCAGCCAACGUGCUGCCCACCCUGCCGUUCCACGUGCUGCGCGCACUGUUCAGCAGCACUCCUCUCACCACUGACGACGGUGUGCUGUUGCGACGCAUGGCUCUGGAGAUCGGAGCCAUCCACCUCAUCCUGGCCUGUCUGUCUGCGCUCAGCCACCACGCCCCCCGCAACCCCAAUGCGAGCACCAGUGUCUCUGAGCCACAGAUGUCCAGUUGUCAUGGUGCGGGGACCAGUGAGGAACAGCAGUUGUACUGGGCUAAAGGAACUGGAUUUGGCACUGGAUCUACCGCCUCGGGCUGGGACGUAGAGCAGGCUCUCACAAAACAGCGGUUAGAAGAGGAACAUGUCACGUGUCUGCUUCAGGUCUUGGCGAGCUACAUCAACCCAGCGGGCUCCUGUAGCUGCCCCAGUGCUGAUGCAUCUUCAGCAGACAGCAGAGGCCACAACACCUCAGCACUGCCUGCAGUUCUGCAGGAGUUACUGAGCCAGUCCUGCCUCAUUCCUGCCAUGUCCUCUUACCUACGCAAUGACUCAGUUCUGGAUAUGGCGCGCCACGUGCCUUUAUAUCGGGCGCUACUGGAGCUGCUGAGAGCCAUUUCCACUUGCACAGCCCUGGUUCCUCUGCUGCUGCCUCUGUCUGGAGACCCAGGCCAGGAUGAGGAGGAGGAGGAUGAAGAACACUCUGAGGGACAGACCUCUGUCGGGAUGCUGCUGGCCAAAAUGAAGACAUGUGUGGACACGUACACCAAUCGCCUCAGGUCAAAGAAAGAUAAGAGUAAAGGCAUGAUGAAGACAGAAAGCUCAGAUCCAGAGCCCGAGGGUUUGACUCUGCUGGUGCCGGACAUCCAGAGGACAGCUGAGAUAGUCUACACCGCUACCACCAGCCUCCGGCAGGCCAAUCAGGAGAGGAAGCUGGUGGAGUCUUCAAGGAAGGCGUCAAGUCGGCCAAAGCCCCUCUCCAUCCUGCGCUCACUGGAGGAAAAAUAUGUAGCUGUCAUGAAGAAGCUGCAGUUUGACACCUUUGAAAUGGUUUCAGAGGAUGAGGACGGGAAGCUCAUGUUCAAGGUGAACUACCACUACAUGUCUCAGGUGAAGAACGCCAGCGAUACUAACAGCGCAGCACGAUCCCGCCGCCUCGCCCAGGAAGCGGUCACCCUGUCCACCUCUCUGCCCCUGUCAUCCUCGUCCAGUGUCUUUGUCCGCUGUGAUGAGGAGAGGCUGGACAUCAUGAAGGUUCUCAUCACAGGUCCAGCUGACACUCCGUACGCCAAUGGCUGCUUCGAGUUUGAUGUGUACUUUCCCCAAGACUAUCCCAACUCUCCCCCACUGGUCAACCUAGAGACUACAGGUGGACAUAGUGUGCGCUUCAACCCUAACCUCUACAAUGACGGCAAAGUGUGUUUAAGUAUCCUCAACACAUGGCACGGGAGACCAGAGGAGAAAUGGAACCCUCAGACCUCAAGCUUUUUACAGGUGCUAGUGUCAGUGCAGUCCCUCAUCCUGGUGGCUGAGCCUUACUUCAAUGAACCAGGGUAUGAGCGCUCUCGUGGGACUCCCAGCGGAACCCAGAGCUCACGGGAAUACGAUGGCAACAUCCGACAGGCCACCGUCAAAUGGGCAAUGCUGGAGCAGAUGCGUAACCCCUCACCAUGCUUCAAAGAGGUGAUCCACAAACAUUUCUACCUGAAGCGAAUAGAGAUCAUGUCUCAGUGUGAGGAGUGGAUCGCUGACAUCCAGCAGUACAGCAGCGACAAGAGGGUCGGCCGCACCAUGUCCCACCACGCUGCUGCGCUCAAGAGACACACAGCUCAGCUGAGGGAGGAGUUCCUGAAGCUGCCGUGUCCCGACGGCCUGGAGCCCGACUGCGACGAGUUCUCAGAGAAGAGCGCCGCCCUCCUUCUCAAAGAGCUGCCCAGUCACGACGCAGAGAAGCCGGGCAGCAGCCAGGACAGCCACUGCAGUGACGGACAGCUAUGAAGUCCACACCUCCUCCCUCCCUCCCUCCCUCCCUUCCUCCCUCCCAUCACCCCCCACCCAUCAUUGCUCUUGAAAAGACUCGAUGGCGUGUGACCACAAAGCUACCACUUUGUCAAUAUUUGUAUGUAAAGAUCCAAUGGCAGAGAAAAAAAAAGCCUAGAAGGAGGGGACGCGGGGGGGAAAGGGACGACGACGAGACGAACUCUGAACUAUGCCACACCCACAUUGAAAACAGUCAACAAAAACUUUUAUUUACCUGUAAAAGAGUGUAAACAUUUUGUGCUUUUUUUCCCAAUUGUGAAAUAACCACUGAUUGGUAUGUUAUUAAACUUGUUUAUGUAUACAUAUUGGAAGAGGAAAAAUGACAGAUUAUAUAAGGGAAGCUACCUUUAGAGAAGAAUGUUUACUGAAUGUUCAUUUCCUGUUUUUGUUUUUGUUUUUAUUUUUGACUGUUGGCGACCAGACUGGUCAUUCUUUAAGGAAACGAUAUUUAAAAAAAAAACAAAAAAAACCAAGAGACAAAAGAAAAGACGAGUAACAGAACCUGCGAUAAAAGCCCCACUGCUUCUUUUGAUUUUCCUCCACCAUCACAUCCACCUGAAUAAAAUCUGACCUGGACAUUCUUCAUGUUCUGUUCUCCACAUUAAAAAAGCAUCAUGCUCUGGAUAAACAAACUGCUCUCCAUCCACAUGACUGUAGAUCAUGAGACUUGUGCGUCAGAACCACAUCGGAAGUGUGCGUUGAAGGCUUGUGCACGUGUACGUACGUGUGUGUGUGUGUGUGUUUUCUGUGCGUGUGUAACAAUCCCAGCCCAGUGAGAUACAAAGCUGUGAUGUGCCUUUGAUCUACACCAUAUCACCAAAUACUCCCACAGAGAACCUUGACUCAUGACUUUGCUAUUUCUACAAAAACCUAAUAAUUCUGCUCCGUCUGAUAUAAAAAAAAAAAACUGCUUAGUCUUUUUUUAAUUAUUCUGUUGAACUCCAGUGAACAAAAAAAAAAAUGCACUUUCUAUUUUGCUCACUCCUUAGAACAGUCACAUUCUCCUUUUGCUAGGACAUUAAAUGGAGCUUGAAAGUA